AAUCUAUCUCUUUUUCGGCCUUGCUUUUAUGUAUACAGAGUUCAGUGACAUGUGACGAGAUGAAGAAAUUUGUUGCUGUCUGGGACAACCGAUUUCUUGAACAAGUGAAGUUGUGUUCUGAGCGAAUUCCAGGGUGUUACGUUCCAAAUGGUUUUCAUUCCGAGAAACCUGUCCUUUGUGCAUUGUCUGUCGACAACAAGAUCUUGACUGUUUUCAAGGAGGAGAAGCCAGGACGCAGAGAGGAAAUCGAAAAUGUUGAAGUCAAACUUUUUGAAGCUGGUAUGUACGUGUAUGGACUGCACUCCAGUGGCCAUGAUUACGUCACGGACGAGCUGUGGGCUGCAUUUUACAAGAAGCUGCUGGAAGAGAGACUGGUACCCAGUAUUGUCUUGUCCAAUGAAAGUCCAGGGUUCGACUGGAUAAAAGCAUUCGUACAGCCUGCAACCAGCCAUCCUUGGCCCUGGAAGUGGGAAUUGCAUCACGGUAUUGUGCCCCGAAAGGAGGAUUACUUCGAUUACCUGCCGAUAAGUGCCGCUCUGUGGCCAGCUUUGCAUGGAUUAAGAGAAUUCCUUACUCUAACGGCAGACAACGUGUCUAGUUUUCAGUUUGAUGAUUUCAAGGACGUCCACACCGUCGAGGCUAAAGAAAAACAAACAAAGGAAAUGGCUGGCAAAGCCAUUCAAGAACUAAAACGCGAGCUGCACCUGCUGCAUGGAAUUAACGAGCCAAUCAUAAACGCUUUGGCGGGAAAAUUGACGUUUGCUGUUAAAGAGACGGUGAAGGGCGUUAUUGAUGGCGAGCAACCAAAUGAAGAGACAGUAAAGAAGCUGAUCGAUAUGGAAAGACUUGCUUUUGGACGUUCUGAAGUGGAGAGAACUGAAGAGAGUCGACAGCAGUACGCAGCCGCAGUACUUCGUGCAUGUGAGCGUGCGUGGUAAACACUUACCUGAAUUUAGUCACUGUAAACAAACAGUUGAACUGUUCGACGAUAGUUGCCUAUUGAAAAAAUCGUGUUCUAGACGACGUACGCAGCCGCAGUACUUCGUACAUGUGAGCGUGCGCGGUAAACACUUACCUAAAAGAACGUCACUGUAAACAAACUAUUGGACGAUUGUUUCCUUGUUGGCUAAUUAUUGAGAAAACUCGGUAAUCUAAAGUUGUAUCAAAUCCGUAACACACUUGCUACUUGCUUCGUCAAGUAGAUAAUCUGCGGCCUGUCCGAGUCGUAAUGACAGAGUCCCCGUUUAAACCUCAAUUUAGACCCAAACCAGUUCAAAGUUCAAUUGUAGGUCAUUUUAAUCAUGUUGCCUCGUGUCAAUACAGCUUUAGUUGGGUUUGUCGGAGUGAAAUACGGAUAAAUGUAAUUGUUUUGAACUAGUUUUUAGCUAUCUUUAUGAAAACAAGUAUCAUUCGAUCAAAUUCACGUUGAUGUGUUUUCAAAAUGUGGUGAUACUCAAGAGCUUAAUUUAACGUAAGAGUGGCGUGAAAGUUUUCAGUAUCAAUUUUUUAUCUCCUUAUAAUUUCUUAUACAGCAAUAUGGUCGUUAUACAACGGUUUCAGUACACAAACCAUUUUUUCCUGUCAGUGUGUCAGGUUUAACUUCCUGGAAUGGUGUGGAAACUUCAUCAAGGUCACAGUGGUGACGAAUAGCGACACAUGUGUUUUCUAUUUACUGGAAUAAAGAUUUUAAAUUUAAAAACUGGGAGAGAUUUUUUUAAAGAUAUGAAAAUUCACUAGUAUAGAUCGUUUCAGAUUGGUCUUUUAUGCAGAAACACUUAAUUAAGAUUUAGACUUUAACAGGCCAAUUUAGGGUUUAUUUUCAAUGUAACGCAGUUGUAAAUAAACUGAAACGACGAACUUUAUAAAUUAAUAAGUAUGUGA